AAGAGCUCGACAGCAGCGUUUACUACGCCGCGCUGAGCCUGAAUUCGACAACACUAUAUACCUACGACAAUGUCAACUUUACGAGCAAGCUGAAUGUGAACUACUCGGAGCUCGUGUCGAAGAAUCUGGGAGUGAUCAAUUCUGUCCAGGAGACGAGAAUCAACAGCCUCAAGCUGGCGGACAACGUGGUGAUGGGCGUGACGGGUUCGCACGGGACGAGCCCACGCAACAUUCUCACGAACCUGAUGCUCUACUACCACAAGAAACUGAUGAAAAAUAACAACUUAAUUACAAUUGUGGCUCUUUGCAAUGAUCGCAUGCUCGAUCGCUUCGUGUACAAUCUGAUGGAGAAAAUCAUGGAAGAGUAUUUGACGCACUUCUAUCAAACGGAAGACGGCGCGCUCAGUUACGAAUUUAAGAACAGAAUGCGCGAUCUGAUUGUGGAUCACGAACUCAAGCUGCGGCAGUUGACGGCCAAUUACGGAGCCACCACGACUCACGAACUAGACGAAAUUCGAGAUCUCAUGUCCGAAAACAUCGACCGCAUCCUCAACAGGGGCGAAAACCUCAACUCUCUCAUUAACAAAACCAGCAAUCUCAACUCCUCUGCUGGCUCGUUUCGCAGAAGAACUGUGAUGGUGAAACGCAAGAUCUGGUGGUCCAACAUCAAGUUCAUCGUUCUUGUCAGCACCGUCGUCCUUUUCGUGAUAUAUCUAUUUGUCGGCCUCGAGUGCGGCCUGCCCUUCUACACGAAGUGUCUCCAUCCUUCUAAACCGUCUCAGCCUCACCAGAAGACAAUCUAAUGCAAUAUAAUUCUACCCUUCGUUUUCCGAUUCGGCCGUUUCUGUAGGCUCGUCUCCCUCGAGCUCCUUCAUCUCCUGCUGCAAACGUUGCGACGCGGUCAACGCAGGCGCAUCGUCACCCUCGGCCUCUUCCUCGGCCUCCUCAGUGUCCUCGCCUGCUUCCGUCGCUUCGGCGGUUGCAUCGUCCUGAGUCGUUUCCGGAACGUCCUCGGUCAUUGCCUCGUCCGCGUCCACUUUUGCCCGCUUGUGCUCGUUUUCCUGUUCAUCGUCUGGUUCGUUGAUCUCGUCCUUCUUCUUUUUCUUGUGUUCUUUGCGUAGGUUGAAUUUUUCCAGCUCCUCACUUAGAGCGGGCACGAAUCCCGCAAACUGGGCGCGCUCGAGGCCGGCAAGCACGUCGUUCGCGUUGACAACUUUGCGUCCUUGCUCCUUCGCCACCUGUUUCGCAUGGUGGUACAGGUAGUUGACAAAUAGCACGGACCCGCGUUGCAAAACCGUCUGCGACUCUUUCGCGAGGAUCAUGUUGGUUUCCGACUGCGACAGGACGUUUUUGGCCACCUUAUGCACUGUGGCUUUGGGAAACAGCAUUGACUCAAUGGAAACUUUCUCGUUGUCUGCUGCCGUCUCGAAAUUCGAGUCAUCGCCAUCUUUUUUCCACCCCUUGGCCGGCAUGACACGAGAAUAAUAAAAUUUAUUUUGGUUUAUUUUGUCGACGCGGAUUUUUCACUCGACCGCCAAUCGACCCUUAUCGACAAAAUGAUCCAUUUUAGGUAAACCGAGCUCCAAGUGGUAUUUAAAGCGGGUCAAAUAAUUCGGGGAAAAUCCAUACCCGAUCAUUAUGGACUCACAGGAGGUAACCGUGGUGUUCAGGCCACUCAACAACUGUCUCAUCAACCUGCCGGCGCCCCUGAUUAAUCCAUUUCUCGCCAACAACAUUCUCAUUCAGAACAUUGCGGUGGAGCUCAACUUCCGUCCCAGUGGAGCGAAGAAGGACACAAAAUGGCUCGUUGGUUGGAACGGCUACUUUUCAAGCGAUCCGAAGACCAUUGAGAUUGACUCUGUCUAUGCGAGCUCCCUUGGACUUCGGGAGUCGAGGAAAAUCGUCAUUCGUUUAUCUCUCUCGCUCCCCAAGAUCCAAUCCGUCGAACUAGAGCCUGAAACAAGCUCUGACUGGGAGCUGACCGAAAUGUACGCCCAGACGGUGGAGGAUCGAUUUUUGAACCAGGUGAGAUGCGCUGUUGUGGGCCAGAAACUCGCCGUGUACCCCAGCUCCAGCCCCAACAACGUAAUCAAGUUUGUGGUGAAAAAAAUCAAAUCGGAAACGGACGAGAUCGAGCGCGGAAUCCUGGUCAACGACUCCGAGCUGCACAUCAUACCGAAGGUGCACAGACGCGAUAAACAGCAGAGCGACGGGGCCUCACGACGCAGACGGUCUGUGUCUGGUCGUCGCUCUUCUCAAUUUGACCCUGUACCCUCUUGUCUUCUGCGCUCGAUUUCUCUGCCGCACUAUACUUUUCAGCAUGUUAACCAUUCAUCCGCAAAUUACGAAAUAUAUGUCAAUCUGGACCAAAACUUUAUCAACCACCAGUUCAAAUCCAUAAAAUACGUGCAGGUUUCUGUGAUCACGGGACCAGGAACGCCUGCCAAAGCUAGCUCUGUGGCGGAGCAGACGAAGAACCACGACACUGGAUCUUCAGGUAGCUCAAGGAAAAACUCCUCUUCUGUGGUUGACCAUAAAAGCGUCAACGGCUCGGUUGCGCAGACCGACACAGAGCAACGGAAAGUGGUCGCCAUCCUAGUUCACGAUCCUCUUGCUCCGCAACGCAGCGCUGGCGUUUCACCUUUGCUAGCGAUUGCUCUCGGUAUCGAGCACCGUUGCGGAGACAUGGUUUGUAUUGAGGCUGCUCCACAAAAAUAUGGUACCGACGUUCACACGGUUAUUUUGCACAAGAUUGUCACACAAACGUCAACCGUGAAUGAGUUGGCUUUCAAGCAGGACCAGGACCGGCAACUAAAGCAGGCAGAGGCAAACAAGGAGCUGAGUGCAAAAUUCCAGGAACACUUUAAACGGCUAAAUUUCACCAAAUGUCCGAUCACUAACGGCAUGAAGGUGCCAGUGAUUCCUGACCUACUGCCGCAGGGAGGGUUUUUGGAGCUGAGAGACGGCUGCCAGUGGGCCUUGCUGGGUGAAAAGUUGCCGAAUUUCGAGCUAGGUGACGAACGGCUGAAACCAGAGUCUUUUGUGGAGAGACAAUACGAGCAAAAAGAUCUGCCGAUCGUAGGACACAAGGAGCUUAUUGCCCGAAUGGUGAGGUCCGUCAGGCAUGGCCAUAACUGUGUUCUUUCUGGCGCCUCGGGUUCGGGAAAAACAACCUUGAUCAACGAGGUUGCACACCGCCUGGUGACGCUGCACGGAUACUAUUCGAAGAACAUCAACUGCGAGACAAUCUCAAACGACAAUUUCCACGCAAUUAAAACCCUACUAGAGGAAGCAGUCAAGGAAGUCAACUGGCACUCGCCGUCUGUGCUCGUGCUGGAAAACCUAGACUCUCUAAUUCCUCAGGAAAUGGAGCACGGAGACUCCGGGCUGAGCAGGCAGGUUAGCGAGUUUUUGGUCAACUCGUUAAAAGUCCUUACACGAGAACGUGCAAUCUCGCUCCUGUGCUCGUCAAAAUCGAAGGAAGCGCUGAAUGCAACGGUUUUCCAGACCCAUCUUAUCCAGCAGGAGUUUAGUCUGAAAGCUCCGGAUAAAGAACUGCGAAAAGAAUUGCUACGGAGCUUUAUUAACGAUUACAACAUGGAUCUCGAAAAGGAGGAGAUUUUAAACGACAUCACCGUCGAAACAGAGGGAUACCUUCCGUCAGAUCUCAAGGUCCUUGCGGACAGGACCUUCCACGACUACAUAUCGUCGAAAAUCGACAAGGACGACUUCCAUCUGCGAGCCUCAAAUUUCGAACGCGCAUUGCAGGGAUUUGUUCCGUCAUCUUUGCGUGGAGUAAAGCUACAGAAGUCAGGGGUGGCCUGGUCGGACAUCGGUGGUCUUAAAGAUGCGAAGCGGGUGCUUCUGGAGACUCUAGAAUGGCCAACCAAAUAUGCCCCCAUUUUCGCAAACUGUCCCCUGCGUCUGCGUUCCGGAAUCCUGCUGUACGGGUACCCCGGAUGCGGAAAGACGCUUUUGGCUUCAGCCGUGGUGUCGCAAUGCGGUUUAAAUUUUAUCUCCAUCAAGGGCCCGGAAAUUUUAAACAAAUAUAUUGGAGCUUCCGAACAGAGCAUCAGAGAGCUAUUUGAUCGAGCACAAAGCGCAAAACCGUGUGUCUUGUUUUUCGACGAGUUCGACUCGAUUGCCCCGAAGAGAGGCCACGACUCGACAGGCGUCACCGACAGAGUGGUCAACCAGCUGCUGACGCAGAUGGACGGUGCCGAAGGACUCGACGGCGUGUACGUGCUGGCGGCCACAUCGCGUCCAGAUCUAAUUGACUCUGCUUUGUUGAGGCCAGGUCGGCUGGACAAGUCAAUUCUGUGCGACCUGCCCGACUACGAGAACCGCCUGGACAUAUUGCAGACGGUUGCUUCCAAAUUCCACGUGUCUGAGGAGUGCCGGCUCGAUCACUUUGCCCGAAAACUUGAAGGCUACUCCGGUGCAGACUUACAAGCUUUUGUAUACAAUGCGUAUCUGAAAGCUGUGCACGAUAAUCUUGACCAGCUUACACACGCGAACGAGGGCACUACGGAACGCAAGAUAGAAUUUUUCAGCAUGCUCAAAAACUUACAACCUUCGGGAAAUAUUGCCGGCAAAAUCGACACAAUUUGUAAGAACCUGCAUGUUACGGAUUUGAGUUCGUGGGACGACGCGGAGCAAGAUUCUGACAGAAAGCCAAAUCAGAUUGUUAUUUGCAACAGUCACUUCGAGACCGCUCUAGAAGAAACCAAGAAGAGUAUCUCCAACAAGGAGCUGCGCAACUUUGCCCGCAUCUACUCGCAGUUUGUCGACGGCAAGCGAGAGGGCCACCUGCCCGACGGUCAGGCAAGCACAGAUAUUGGCGGCCGGACCACGCUUAUGUAAAUCCGAACUCCAUGAGUCUGUUAACUCCGUAUUAGAAAUAAAAACCGGAAAUAAUAUUUUUUUUUGCUGCGUCGGCCCGAAAGGAACUCGGACCGAGUCAAUUUUUGCUAUUCCACGCUUACAUAUGUACCAAGCGAUAACUAAGGGUGCAUAUCGCUUACCAACUAUAUAAUACUAUGACUGCCCUGAUGGAAGAAUAUGGGCGAAAAACAAGGAUGGACCGUACCAAAUUGCACAGGAUC